UCUGGCAGAUUUUUGAUAAAUCUGACAGAUUUUUGAAGUGCACAUAGCAGAAUUUGGGCAUGACCUUCAUGACCUUACGGUCACCCAGGUCCGGUAAAUCAUUGGACAUGUCAGACCGUAGACGCGAGUCGCAAGUUGUAGAACUCAUUUGGUGUGAGCAUAAAUUCAGCCCUUGAUCACUCUGAGCAAUGUCGAAAGGGAAAAGAGAUGUCAUAGUCAUUGGAGGGGGUAUCAGUGGGCUGUCAGCUGCUAGACUCCUUCAAGACCAAGGCCAAAAUGUGCUGUUGUUGGAGGCUAGAAACAGGGUCGGAGGUCGCACUUAUACAGUGAAGGACCCCGCCUUCCAAUAUGUGGAUCUGGGCGGAGCCUACAUCGGACCGACUCAAAACAGGAUCAUCCGAGUUGCCAAGGAGCUAGGUAUCCAGAGUCAGAUCGUCAAUGAGAAGGAGAGGACCAUCAACUUCAGCAAUGGCAAGUCUCAUGCUUUCAGAGGGGCUAUUCCGACAUACCCAGGCUUCUUUGCUUUGUUGGAUGCCAACAAUGCAAUGGGCCUUUUAGACAGCUACGGUGAAGAGAUCCCAGCAGCAGCACCGUGGGAUGCACCACGGGCCGUGGAGUGGGAUAGCAUGACUGUUCAGUCCUGGGCCGAUGCCAAUUGCUGGUGUCAUUUCACCAAGGAAUCCAUCACCAUCAUUUCCAGGGCAGCCUUUGCCACCGAGCCAAGCAACUUGUCCUUCCUCUUCUUCCUCUGGUACAUCAAAGUUGGUGGAGGGGUUUUGAGAUUCAUGAGUACUACAAAUGGUGGGCAGGAGAGGAAGUUCGUUGGUGGUUCCAUGCAGGUCAGCGAGGGGUUGGCAGGGAAACUCGGAAAAGAGAACGUCUUGUUGAACCAUGUGGUGUCAAGUGUUGAGCAGUCCGAUGAUGGGGUGAAAGUAACGACAAGAACCGGGGACGUAUUUGAGGCAUCCUACAUGAUAAGUGCAGUACCCAUUGCGCUGCUCGGAAAACUAACGUUUCAGCCUCCUCUUCCUUCACUGAAAAGCCAGUUGAUUCAGCGCAUGCCCAUGGGUUCAGUCAUCAAGACUUUCACGUAUUACAAGAGGAGCUUCUGGAGGGACCUAGAUUAUAAUGGAAUUGUCCUUGGAUCGGAGGGUCCUGUAGUUGGUAGCUUUGAAGACAUCAAACCGGACGGCUCCCACCCAGCCAUCAUGGGGUUUUUGAAUGGAGAAAAGGCAAGAAAAUACUGCUUAAUGACGAAAGAGGAAAGGAAAAAAGUUGUUUGUGAGUACUAUGCCAAAGUGUUCGGAACAGAUGAAGCCCUGCAUCCCGUUAACUAUGUGGACCAUAACUGGAUGGAUGAGGAAUUCUCUGGAGGUUGCUACAUGGCUGCAGCGCCCCCAGGUGUCUUCACACAGUUUGGCAGGGUGAUGCGGGAACCGUUAGGGCGUGUCUACUUUGCUGGUACAGAGACCGCCAACCAUUGGGCAGGUUAUAUGGAAGGUGCCAUACAAGCUGGAGAAAGGGCUGCUAGAGAGAUUUUGCACCAGAAGGGACUGAUCAGCAAAGAUGAGAUAUGGCAGGAAGAGCCUGAAUCACUGGAUAUCCCCGCCAAGCCAUUUGACACUAGCGUCGUGGAAAGACUUUUGCCAUCCAUCCCCGGAUUUCUCAAGUUGGCUGCCACGGCGAUAACUGUCACAGCUGUGGCCGCCAUUGUUCAUCUCCUCUAGAGACAGAAUCCGGCUGCUGUUGUCGAGGUGCUGAUGAUUUUCUCCCUCGCUAAAAGUUUUAACAUGUUUAACAGAAUCAGCUGAAGAGGAAAUCUGCCUGACUAUUUUAAGAGUUACUUUUGUACAUGAAAUCUAUCGGCGUUCUUCCGUAGGUUGAUGAAAAAAACUUUUGUAAAUCAUGAAUUGAAGUAAUUUAUUCAGUCUGAGAUGUAAUGUUCACUAAUUUUAAAAGUCUUUAUCAAGUUUUCUGUAACAUUCAUUGAUUUUUUCACUGUAUCUGUACCUGGAUUUGGCAUUUUUGAUCAGGCCCACGAAUUCCGUCUCCAAAGUACCGGCAUUCCUAAGAUCCGAACUUUAAAUUCUGAUUAGGAUAUGACUUUUUGAGGAGUUCAUACAGUUCAAGAAUUUUGAAUUGAAAAAAAAAAGUUCUGGCCAAAAAUCUGCUCCAAAAUUGUAGGCAAAAUAAAAGGUCAUGAAAAUGCUACGCAAACAGUUCUAGAACUUUACUAUUUUAAGAAGAAAAAAAAUGGAAAGUUUGUGGAAAUAUACAGUGAAAUUUGUAUAGAUUUAAACCAAAGCUCCAAAUUCUCAGGACAAAUUAUGAAGUUUUUUCUAAUGGAAAAUGUGGGGGAAAUGAACAGUGAAAAGUUGUAUUCAUUUAAGGAAAAAUUACGAGUUUGUUUUUAAGUUAAUAUUCCUGUUUUGAUGAAGGCAAGGACGCAAAGGUGGCAUUUGUCUUUGAGGUGAUAGCAAUAAUAAAAUGAAAAGGGUGAAACAAUUUUAAUAGAUUUUUACAGAUAUUUCUAUAUGAUAAAUUAGCUAUGUGUAGAUAAUUAUGUAAACUGUGUUUCACAGCAUAUGCAUUGCUUCUUGCAAAGCAGUACCAGAUUGAAACAAAAGCAAGGUUAAGCUUCACUGACAAAAAAAAUUGUCUGUAUUCUCGCUAUGUAGGUAGCUAAUGUACUUAAACAAGAACAAAUUGUUCAUUUUAUGUUAAUGUGUAUUUUUGUGUGUGCUCUUGAACUUUGAACAACAGUUCUUUUUAUUAUAAUGAAUUGGAAUACAUUGUAUCUCAUUAAAAAAUUUAAUCAAAUUAUUUUUUUUUAAUGGCCAAGCUAAUUUCACUUAGUUUAGAGACUUCAUGUACCAUGUUUGCUACCUGCUUUAACAAACUUGAAAUCCUGUAUUAUCAUGUACUAAACAUCAAAAUGGAUGUGAAAUUUUGGUAAAUGCAUUUUCCCCACUUGCUAUAUAGAGUAAGCAUAUUUUAGGCAUUAAACUAAUUAAUUCAAAAUUGAACAAGCGGGAACCUUUUAAAGAUUUUAAGUCGAUUUGGGCUUUUGAAACUUUAUUUAGAUAUAUUAACUUUAUUUAGAUAUAUUAAUUUGAAGAAUAUAUUUUAAACUGUCUUUGAAACUCAUGAAUGUAGUUUGACUGAGAAUAUACUUAUAGUUUAUAUUAUAGUUUAUAUUUUGUUUAGGAGGCCAGACUUAAUUGUGUAUUAAUUUGUUUGUCAUGUGCAUGAAGGGUAAUUUCUUUCAUUGGUACAGUUACAAAAUAAAUGAAUAUUGUUAGAAGCAAAUAGA